AAUGUUGGCAUUGGACUAAUUAAAGCAGUGAGGUUCUUAGAUCCCAAUGAAACAAACACCUCCUCAGAUUUGUUUUCUUGAUGCUAAUUACUAUUUUGUUUAUGGACAGGUACUGCCACUUUCUGUGUGCAACGACAACUGCUAUCCUGGUUACAGUAGGAAAGAGAAGGAGGGAGAGAAAUUUUGCUGCUAUGAUUGUAUUCAUUGUCCAGAAGGGAUGGUUUCUGGCCAGAAGGAUGUAGAUGUCUGUGAAAAUUGUCCAGAAGAUCAGCAUCCUAAUGUUGACCAAAAUCAAUGCAUUCCCAAAGUUCUAAGCUACCUGUCUUAUGAAGAAACAUUGGGGAUCGUUUUAGCUAUCUUGGCUGCUUCUUUGUCUUUGGUCACAUCUUUAGUGCUUGGAACUUUUAUUAAGCACAGGGACACUCCCAUAGUCAAAGCCAACAACCGAACCCUCACCUAUAUCCUCCUCAUCUCCCUCCUCCUUUGCUUCCUCUGCUCCUUGCUCUUCAUUGGACAGCCUGGACACAUGACCUGCCUUCUCCGGCAAAUGGCUUUUGGGAUAAUCUUUUCUGUGGCCCUUUCCUCAGUGUUGGCAAAGACCAUCACUGUGGUUCUGGCAUUCAUGGCAACUAAACCAGGAGCCAGCUUGAGGAAAUGGGUAGGGAAAAGGCUGACAAACUCAGUUGUCUUUUCUGGCUCUUUUAUUCAAGCUGGCAUUUGUAUGAUUUGGUUAAGUACUUCUCCUCCAUUUCCAGAUACAGACCUGCAUUCACUGAGUGGGACAAUCUUAGCAGAAUGUAAUGAGGGAUCAGCUUCCAUGUUUUACUGUGUCCUGGGCUAUAUGGGCUUCCUUGCAGUUGUCAGCCUCACUGUGGCUUUCCUAGCCAGGAAGUUACCUGACAGCUUCAAUGAAGCCAAGUUCAUCACUUUCAGCAUGUUGGUGUUUUGCAGUGUGUGGUUAUCCUUUGUUCCCACCUAUCUGAGCACUAAAGGAAAAUACAUGGUGGCUGUGGAGAUCUUCUCCAUCUUAUGCUCCAGUGCUGGGUUACUGGGUUGUAUUUUUACCCCAAAAUGCUACAUCAUUGUGGUGAGGCCAGAGCUGAACAACAGAGAACAGCUAAUAAGAAGAAAAUAA